AUGAAGUGGCUCGGCCUGACCUUGGCCGCCCUGCUGCUGGCCUUGGCCGGCCCCGUGGCCCGUGGCGAGGAGGGCCUGGAUUUCCCCGAGUACGACGGCAUCGACCGGGUCAUUGACGUCAACAUGAAGAACUACAAGGGGGUCCUGAAGAAGUACGAGGUCCUGGCGCUGCUCUACCACGAGCCGGUGGGGGAGGACAAGGCUUCCCAGAAGCAGUUUGAGCUGGAGGAGCUGAUUCUGGAGUUAGCAGCCCAAGUCCUGGAAGACAAAGGGAUUGGAUUUGGCCUGGUGGACGCAGAGAAGGACGCCGCAGUGGCCAAAAAAUUAGGGCUGACUGAGGAAGACAGCGUUUACGUCUUCAAGGAGGACGAAGUCAUCGAAUACGACGGGGAAUUCUCGGCCGACACCCUGGUGGAGUUCCUCCUUGACGUCCUGGAAGACCCCGUGGAGUUUAUCGAUGGAGAAAAUGAGCUCGAAGCCUUUGAGAGGAUCGAGGAUGAGCCCAAACUCAUCGGCUACUUCAAGAACGAGGACUCGGAGCACUUCAAGGCCUUUGAAGAUGCUGCUGAAGAAUUCCACCCAUACAUCCCUUUCUUUGCAACCUUCGACAGCAAGGUGGCGAAGAAGCUCUCCCUGAAGCUGAACGAGAUCGACUACUAUGAGCCUUUCAUGGAGAAGCCGGUCACCAUCCCGGACAAGCCCAACAGCGAGGAGGAAAUCGUCCAGUUCAUGGAGGAGCACAAGAGGCCAACGCUGAGGAAGCUGCACGCAGACAGCAUGUAUGAGACUUGGGAAGACGAUAUGGACGGCAUCCACAUUGUGGCCUUCGCGGAGGAGGACGACCCUGACGGUUACGAGUUCCUGGAGAUCCUGAAGGAAGUGGCCCAGGAUAACACAGACAACCCGGAUCUCAGCAUCAUCUGGAUCGAUCCCGAGGAUUUCCCACUGCUGAUCCCUUACUGGGAGAAAACCUUCGACAUCGAUUUGUCUCGGCCUCAGAUUGGCGUUGUCAACGUGACGGAUGCCGACAGCAUCUGGAUGGACAUGGAUGACGAGGAGGAUCUUCCUUCUGCGGAGGAGCUGGAAGACUGGAUUGAGGAUGUGCUGGAAGGAGAGAUAAACACCGAAGACGAUGAUGAUGAUGAUGAUGACGAUGAUGAUGAUGAUGACUAAGGCCCCUCCCAUUUUUCGUGCAAGGCCGGCCCUGCCUGGAGAGCCCCACCCAUCCCGCCCUCCGGCCCCACACACAGCUGAG